UUAAGCGAAAUAGAGUUUAGUUUUUCAAGUUUUGUUACGGCAUUAUUAAACAAAAAAAUGCUCUGUGGUAGAAGAAUGCAUAAAUGAUUGAAUUCCCAUGUUUUUGCUAUGCUACACAUAAUUUCUAUAGUGGUUGUUAUUUUCUCGGCCUGUGUCCCAUUACUGAUGGCCCACGGACACGUUGUGUACCAAUUUGCUGGCGAAGAGUAUACCGGUUGUCGGUUUCUCCACAAGGAAGGAUGGAGCUACUUCAGAUCGCAUUUUUUGCAACUUCUUAUGCAAGUUCUUAUGUCGUCCCACUUUUGCUAAUUUGCGGAUUAUACAUAGGCAUGCUCACGCAUUUGUGGAGACGGACAACGCACGGAGGACGUGUUUCCGUUAGGCGUCAGCGCGGUAAAAAGAUGCGUGUUACUCGCAUGGUGUGCAUCGUUGUUUGCACUUUUGCCAUAUGUUGGCUCCCCAUUCAGCUGUAUUUGCUUUUGAAAAGUCUGGCCUUGUUUAACACCUCACCCGUUACCGUUGUGAUACAAAUAACGUCGCACAUACUAGCUUACAUGAAUUCCUGCAUGAACCCCUUUCUGUACGCAUUCAUUUCGGAUAACUUUCGAAAAUCAUUCCGAAAAAUCAUUCACUGCCCGAGGUAAAAUGUCGCUCUGUUGUCAGUUACAGCAGUACUAAAGUAAUAAUAAAUACAAAUGUUACAAAAAAAAUAUGCACGACUUUUACUUCCGUUUUCUAAAAUUCACGCUGCAUCAAUUCGUUCAAAUGUGUCAAAACUCUUAAUAGGUCUCGAUAUGUCAGCCAAACCUAGAUAUAUUUGAAUUUGCAUUCCUGUUAAAAUUCUGGUGGACCAGCUUUAGAAAAA